AUGGUUGUCAAGAUUGCUGUCAUCUACUACUCUCUUUACGGGCAUAUCGGCAACCUCGCCCAGUCGAUCAAGAAGGGUGCUGAAUCCGAGGGCGUUGAGGUCACUCUCUUCCAAGUUCCCGAGACUUUAAGUCCUGAAGUCCUCACUAAGCUCGGUGCUCCCCCACGCAACCCAGAUAUCCCUACUAUCACUGCUGAGGAUAUGAAGCAAUUCGAUGGGUUCGCCUUCGGAAUCCCCACCCGCUAUGGACGUGCUCCCGCGCAAAUCAGCGCCUUCUUCGAUACAACCGGCUCUCUUUGGUUCACCCAGGCCUUGCACGGCAAGUUUGCCACUGUCUUUGUCUCGACCGGUACCCAGCACGGUGGUCAGGAAACCACCACCCUCACUACCAUGCCUUUCUUCGCUCACCACGGUAUCAACUAUGUCCCCAUCGGUUACAAGUCUCCUCUCCUCGGUGACAUGUCGGGCGUCCAGGCCGGUGGUCCCUUUGGCUCUGCGACGAUGGCUGGCUCGGAUGGUUCGCGCCAAGCAACCAGCAAUGAGCUCGCCAUCGCCGAGUACCAGGGCAAGCACUUCGCCGAGGUCGUCAAGACCUACGAGAGGGGCAAAGCUGCCGCACUCACUCCGGUCAAAGCUACCAAGCCUCCACGCAAGGGAUUCUUCGCAAAGCUUCUCAAGUAG